GUUGAAGUCCAUCACUCUUCAAGGGGCCAAGUUUGGACAUCCCUGAUCUAGAGCCUGUGUGACUGUGGUGGCAUCUGUAUGGCAUAUGCAUCUUGGAUAGGUUUGUUGUAAAUCAGUCCAGAAAGUAGGAUAGUUCAGCAGCCAAUGACUGUGUAUGCUGUGCACACAAUGUGUGCAGGUCCUUGUUCUGAAUGGGUCCCUGUGAGGCCAAAAAAAAACCCUAUGUGUGCCAUCAGUGGAAGUUUGGUGUGGUCUCGGGGCUUGUGCUAGGGUCAUGCAGGAGGGAAAGGGGUGGACACGUACUGCAGCUUAUUGAGGUUACCCAACUUCCUUGUCUCCACUCUCGCCUGUGUGUGAUUAAGUCACUAGAGAAACAGCCUGUUCUCUGAGGAGAGGGAGGAGAGGUUUCUUUGCUCUGGGACAUGUGCAGAGUGCUGGGCCCUUGGCAUACAGCUGACUCCAGCCACUUUUGCUUCCUGGUAACUCGCCAGCAGAGAGGGGCCUGGGAACAGAAGGAGGGCCUCCCAUCUCAGAGAAUGACAGAUGAGACCUGCUUUGUGCUUGGCCUGACAAAGAUGUCAUAGCCAGGCUCAGCUUGGUCUCUGGCUGGGUGGAGGGUGAGGGGAUGAGUCCUGUAUUAUAAGAGGGUUGGAAGCCUGGGCACAAAAUCUACUUGGAAGAUAGAUGCACUAUCCCAGCAAUUUGAAGGGGUUGCAAAAACUCCACUCCUGCAUGCCAUUGAUAGGCUUUGUUCAUCUGGCACAGUAAGGCAGCUUUGUAUCUCUCUCUCCCUCCUCUCCUCCAGAGUGGGAUUGCCCUUCCUUGGCCAUCUGGUCCUCACCUGGCUACCCACACCUGCCAUUGCACGUUCCUGGGCUAAUGGGAGCGCAGAAAUCUGAGCUUUAAUGGGAGAGAAACAUACAUUCUGUUCCCAGGGCACACUUAUCCAUAAUUAGCUGAACCAUGGUUUACUGAACCGAAGUUUCCCAGCUUAUACAAAGUUAAAACCACGACCAAGUGGAGAAUCUGGGUUCACACAGUAUCUCAACUUGAGAUCAAUGGUUGGGUGAAAAGGGAAACAAACCACAAAGCUUUUCCGAUAUCCUCGCCCACCGACCGCGUCUUUUCCUACCGUCCCCCCAAACCAGAAGCCGGGAAUGCGAAGCAAUUUCGGCGGCGGCGCGGUGGGGAGCGCUUAAAGAGACGAGCGCACCAAGGCCGCCCGGCUCGCCCGAAAACCUCCGGGCCCUGCAGGUUGUGCGCACGACAGCCGGAUGGACUUGCGCCUGCGGAGACCGGCCUUCUGGGCCCGGCUCCACCUGCGGAGCGGCCUUCAGGGCUGGGACCUGCCCCGAGAACUAGCCCUAGACGCCACCUGUGACCAGCUGCCCCCAGAGACUGCCGGGCAGCCGCACCUGUGGAUGUGGGUGGAUCCCAACCUCGUCUGCCCUAUCCCUGGACACGUCGCGGGGCUGCCCCCCCUGCCUGCGCCUCCUCCCCGCGCUGCUCCAGAGGUUCCGUCCUGCAGCACAACCCGCUUUGGAGACGGCCGCCCGAGAGAAGAGGAUCCUGGGAGUGCCACUGAAGCCAAAUCCGCUCUGCCUCCAAAAGAGGACUCCCAGAGCCACCCCCAUGCAUGCCAGAAUGCGAAGAGGAUCAGAUCCCGCAGCAGGAAGCUGCGGGCCCAGGGGGGCUGGCCUCGCCCUCCUCUCAAUUAUUGUAUCUUAAUUAGCCUUGCCCUGAGCAGCAGCGUGGAUAGCAGCCUGACUGUGCAGGAGAUCUACAAGUUCACCAGGCACCACUUUCCUUUCUUCCGCACGGCUCCCGAGGGCUGGAAAAACACUGUCCGGCACAACCUCUGCUUCAGCAGCAGCUUUGAGAAGACCACAGAUUUUGUUUGCCUUGAAGGGAACCGCAAGUCCCGCCUGUGGAAGUUAACCACAGAGGGCCGGCGGAAGUUUCAGGAGGAGGCGCAGGCCCUGCCAGAGGAUAUGAUGGGCUUGGUGCACCAGAGCAUGGACAAGCCAGAAUUAAUGGGAUCGCUCUUUGGCCGCUGAGCAUCUGUGUGGAAGUCUGGCCGAGAUGGCCACUUGACAGAGCUCCCAAGGAGGAUUUGACUUUUGCCAAGGGAUGGAGGAGAAGGCUGGAUUUUCCAGGCAUGGGCGACCCGAGAGGCUCUGGGAAUCGCCUGCUUGGCC